AUGAUUCGCUGCCGGGCAACCCGAGGGCUGGAAGAAGGCGUCCCCUCGUCCACCACUGGGUUGCGGAAAAACUGUGUCGACUGCCGUAGAGAUUUCUCCAUUGUGGUUGGAGUGCUGUUUCCUAUGGCUGUCAUAUCGGUGGUGGUUGCUAUAGUAAUCUGGCACCAAAGUACCAGAAGAAAGCAGAAGGAAGUCCAGAGGCCACUGUCUACUACUCACAACAGGCCUCGCAGACAGAAGAGGAACCCACAGACAGUGAAGGAUGUUCAGCCCCAAGAGAUGAGUCAGAUGAAGCUCCACGCACCUGAUCUGCCAGUAGAGGGCAAUGAGCCUCCAGCUUCUUUUCUAAUUACAAAGCCAGAUUUUCCACCACCACCGAUUCCUACAUCUGUGUCAACUUCUUUCUUUCAUAAUGCCACGAAGGUACUUCCCUCUACUGUUUUUAAAGACAAAAUAAUGUCAACACCUAAGGGUUCCAAUCCAAAUGUCUGAAACAGCAGCUAA